AUGGCCCCAAAACGUAAAAACGCUGCACAUGCAAAUUUUGUUUUUCUAUCCUAUGCACCGAAUGCCACUCGGACCGAUCAGGUUCUCCAAGAUUCGCAACGGCGAGCUCAUGCUGCACGCAAAUCCCAUGCAGCUUCUCGCCAACGACAACGAGAUGAGGUCAUUCCAGGCUCGAACACUGCCAGUUACUCUUCUGUUCUGUCAGAACCCAGCGUACAAGGCGCCGAAUGUCCGCCGAAAGUGAAACAGAAUCCGUCAAACCAAAUCACGAGACAUAAUGACCGGCUCGUGGCCGGCACCGGUCAAUACGCCCCUCUGCUGUUAUACGACCUACCACAUUCCUUGCACAGGUUGGCACAAAACCCCAUUGAUCCUUUCAACAGUUUUGCAGCCAAAGGCCUUCCAGACUAUGUGUACAAAGUGCUUUACUUUGCGGCCGAAACCAAAUGGGGAAACCUCAAACCUUCCUUGUCAGUUGAGCAGGUCGAUCAAUUGAAGACGGCAUGGCUGCGUGCCAACGUAGAAUCUCCUACCGUCCUCCACGCCAUGGUGUAUGGGAUGCUCAGAUCUCUUGAAUCGACCCACGGAGACCGGGCGAGCGCACUUGGCUACCUGACAUUAAAACACCAGAACUGCGCAUUGAUGCUGCUGCAGCGAGACUUGCAACAACUAGGAAACACGAGACCUCACCAAAACCUUCUCCUUGCUAUCAUCACUCUGGCCGCGCAUGGGGAUCUUCUUGACAACGGUAUCUUAGAGCCCUCGGGGUUUGCUGAAUCGCCGCUUGCAAGGACGCAGAAUCUUCAUAUCUAUGGCUUAAUGAGGAUGGUACCGCAGCAUCGCCAGGCUAUAUUCGCGAUCCUCGAUCAACUUGGUGGGAUAGAGGCAGUGACGUUGUUUGGACUUCGAGAGACCCUCGAAUUCUACGAUCUUCUUUUUGCAACUCGAUUUGGCGUGCCGCCCAAGAUACCUUGCAAUCGGCCCAUGACUCCCUUGGUUCCAGAUAUUCAAUGCAUUCCGGAUGACGUCGCACAGCGAAUGCUGUCGCGUCUAGGCAAGUCUUUUUUCUCGCUGCAAGAGCUGGACUGCGAAUCAAUUCAAGCUGUGGAAGAUUGCUGUAUCCUUGUAGUUGGCCUUGACCAAUAUCAGCGAAGGACCCCCUGGGCCCCGUCACUUCCAUCACUCAUCGCCGCCAGGACCAUCGCCCAGCACCAGUUGACAGCCUUGCCUCCAAUCUCCGAUUAUCUCGCCUCUGUUGAAACCCCGACGGCAAUCACUCAUCAGAUAAGAGAGAUCUGUCGCAUUGCCCUUUUGAUCUUCAGCGACAUGACCAUCUUUCCCGUGCCCCGUGUCUCCGGAGUCAAGGCACGGCUGGUGAGCACUCUGCGCAAGAGGCUCGAGAUUAUUUCCCCAGACUUGUGGUCUUUACAUCGGGAACUCAUGAGCUGGAUCCUCAUGAUUGGCGGCGUCGCGGCUAGGGCAACCACACAUCGGGACUGGUUCGUCUCAAUAUCUCAUGCUCGCCUGUGGUGGUACCUAAAUGAGUGGAAGGAUGUCAAAGACAUUCUGGAGACCUACCUGUGGUGGGACCAUGUCUACUUCGAUGUCGGAUUGGACUUCUGGAUGCAAGUACAAAAGCGACAUGAUUCCAUUGCUUCAAGCGCCAAAUCCCUGGCCUCUGUUUCUAGGUUUACUGACGAUGACAUAUGUGAUGUAUGACUGAAAAGGGAAAUGACGGCGUAGACUGUUGAUAUGCAUUGACUUUGGGAGGUCAACGGCCACAGGCCUUGACCCGUGGAUAAUAAUA